AUGAGCUCGGACAUGUUGAUAAAACACAUGAUUUCCUGCCCACUUUCAGGACACAUCCGGGGCAGCAGCGCCUUCAGGUCACGCCUGCUUCAUUUCAGUUCCUUUGCCUUUACUUGCUGUUUCAUUGCUUCACAAUGUCAAGGCAAUCUUCCUGUCUCUUGUCUCCAGGAAUCCAUGAUGGAGUUCUUUAAUGCUCACAUGUGUUUGGGUGGCCUAGUUCUGGCUCCAGGAAACCCAGUUCUCGCUGUGCAGAUCAACCAGGACAAAAACAUUGCUUUCCUAGAGUUUCGCUCGGUGAAUGAGACGAAGCAGGCCACAGCGUUUAAUGGCAUCAUCUUCCAGGGACAGAGCCUGAAGAUCCGCACACCACAUGACUAUCAGCCACUACCAGACAUGACCGAGAACACAAGUGUUUUUGUGCCAGUUAGCGUUCAUCUUAUCAUUCACUCAGCUGAUCGACUCUUCAUCGGCGGGCUUCCUAAUUACCUCAAUGACAACCAGGUGAAGGAGUUGUUGAAUUCCUUUAGCCCGCUCAAAGCCUUUAACCCGGUAAAGGACAGCACCACACUCUGUGAAUACGUUGACGUCAACAUCAGCAAUCAGGGUAUUGCUGGGCUCAAUGGCAUGCAGCUAGGGGACAAGAAACUCCUGGUGCAGAGUGACAGUGUCGGAGCCAAGAACAUCGCAAUGACUGGGAUCAACCAGACACCAGUGAUGCUGCAGUGAUGAACAGGGGAGGGGAUUGUAGAUGAUGUCACUGAUGGGUGCAGCAAAUACGCCAAGAGUAUCAAGAUACCAUGGCCUGUCGACGGACUCGAGGUGCCGGGGACUGGAAAGAUCUUUGUGGAGAUCAUGUCUGUGUUUGACUCGCAAAAAGCCAUGCAAUAUUUAACAGACAGGAAAUUUGCCAACAGAGUGGUGUCCAAAUAAUGCCAUCACCAAGACUUUUGGUAGAGGUAGAAGAAGG